AGGUAUCAUGGAGGAUCAGUAGGCAGACUGCGGCCAGCAGAGGAGGGCAGCCAGCGCUCUGAUCCCGGGGACUUUCUCAACUGUUUACCGCCCGCUUCUCCACCGCUACACCGGCUGCUUCACCAUGGACAUGAAGAAGAGGAUCACCUUAGAGCUGCGGAACCGGAGCCCGGCGGAGAUAGCAGAGCUGGUGGUGGACAACAGUCGCUCUGCAGACGGAGAGGUCGAAGGUCUGACGGACGAGUUCACGGAGCUGGAGUUCCUCAGUAUGGUCAACGUGGGUCUGAGCUCGCUGGCUAAGCUGCCCUCACUGCCCAAACUACGCAAGUUGGAGCUCAGCGACAACAACCUGUCAGGUUCUCUGGAGACUCUGUCGGAGAAGUGUCCCAACCUGACCUACCUCAACCUGAGCGGGAACAAGAUCAAAGAGCUGAGCACCGUGGAGGCUCUGCAAAACCUGAAGAGCCUGCAGAGUCUGGACCUGUUCAACUGUGAGAUCACGUCUCUGGAGGACUACAGGGAGAGCGUGUUCGAGCUGCUGCCUCAGGUCACCUACCUGGACGGCUUCGACCAGGAGGACAACGAGGCGCCCGACUCGGAGGCCGACGAUGAAGACGAAGACGGCGAAGACGGAGCGGGACCGACCGGAGAGUAUGACGACGACGAAGACGAAGAGGAGGAUGAGGACGGCUCAGAGGGAGGAGAGGUGGGGCUGAGCUUUCAGGUGAACCGGGGCGAUCAGGACGAGGAUGAGGAGGACUAUGCAGAGGAGGAGGAGGAAGAGGACGCGGCAGGCGUUCAGGGACAGAAGAGGAAGAGGGACGUGGACGACGAAGGCGAAGAUGACGACGACGACGAGGACGACUAGUCCUCCAGCCGAGCGUCGUCUGUGUGUCGUCCUGUCCCGUUUCUGUCCGUCUCAGUCCACCUCCGGACCCGACCUCCGCCAGACAGCAACCACGGCAACCACGGCGCUGCGACCCGAGAUAGUUGGUUUCAGUUUGUAAUAGAAUCACGUGUUUAUUUUUAGAUGAUAUAUGAGAUUUACAGAGAAAGAUUUUAUCUGAACUCCUCACGUUUCCCUUUAAAACCUGGUUCAGGAUCAAAGCUUGUGUCUGCCUCCUCUCCACAUCCUGGACUCUGGUCCUCGUCUCAACGUCUCGCUGGACGGCUGAAGUCCGGCCGCAGUUUUCUGGUUCCUGACUGGACUUCGGUGUGAUUUCGGCUCCUGCUCGUAUGAAUCUGUCCUCACAGAAACAGGGUGAUUUCUUUCACAGCUUCAGGGACAGCUCUUCUCCUGCUGGCACUAACGGACCUUCUGAUGUAGAUUUCUGCUUAAGUCCAGUGCAGAUUCGAGAUCCGUUCGUCCCACAAAUUAAAAAAAAAAAAUCAGAUAUGAAAAAUGCUGAUGCUGGUGCUGCACAUGUUGUAUUUUAUUUAACACGACAACAACACGUGCACGUAAAUUUACAAGUAGCUCAUCAAACAGAAGACACACAAACUGUUUGUGUGUGAAUCACCUCUUGUGCAGCCUGCUCAGUGCAGGGUAGGAAAACUCAAACCCUCUAUGACAGCGGCAGCUACAGUUCAGGAACAACUCGGCUCCUGUGCUCAGAAAUUAUAUUUAUAUUUCCUAAAAACCCAACAGUAUUUGAAAUCACAUUGAAACUUUCGUGUUUCCUUGCAGCACGUGGCUAAAAAUAGUUUGUACAGACGCUUUUAAAACAGCGAUUAUUAAACAGUUAUACACUGGUGUUCAGAGAAAAUGCAUUACCCAGAAAUGUCUCAGCAACACCUCCUACUCCCCUCACAUUUUGAAGCAAAAAAGCCAAAGUUACCAAACUUAGAAUGGCUGCAGCUUCUUAACCGAUCUGACUGUUGCAUGAAAGAAAUCUGCAAAAAUUUCUUGUGAAAGCAUCAGGAACCCUGGAAAAAGAGGCCUUUGAAGAGAGUAGUAGCCUGAAGUAAAAACAUAUUUGUCCAUAUGAAUAACUUAUUUGCUGAAAGUCACCACUGAUGUGAUAUUACAUGAUCACCUACGUCUGUUUUGUUCUGAUGCAGCCUGUAAGAAAUCUCGUCUGACGUUAUUGUGAUAAUAAUUAGAGUUUUGAAGGGUGAUGCACUUUGUUUGAACAUCAGUUUAGUUCAUGCUGUGGAGUCAAUUUAAAGCUCACAGAGACUCUUUGUCCUGCUCAGGCCCUUCACAUUCGCUUUAACCCUCUGAACUCUAAGCAGGUUCUGGGCAUUUUUACUCACUGUGGGCUCAUUUUUUCAAUAUUGACAAAAAGAAUCUACACACUGUAGAUAUUUUACUACCUACAUUUUUCCUCUCUGCUCUGUGUAAGCACAGCCUGCAGUUCAGCCGAGAAGUCACAGUUGAGUCACUAAUGUUCAAACGGUUACCUGGUUGGAUAAAAAUGGUUUGUUUUUGGCAACAAUUUUUAACUGAGAUUUGUAGAAUAAUCGUGAUUUUAAGCUUUGAUUUGGUCAAGUUUUCUGACUGAGCAGCACAUCACAGAUGAGUGCUUCAGUGACUGUCAGACAGGUGAAAAUCUGUUUUGUUUUUACGGUUUUUAGCUGAUAAUUUGUGUCAUUUUGGUUUUUUAAUUCUUUUUUUUAAGACAACAUGCCUUUAAACCCGCCGGCGGGUUUUUGGGGUUCAGAGGGUUAAACAACAGAGAGCUGUAAUUACAUGUGUCCAUCAAAACAAUACGAAAGUGACAAUCUUCAAAGCUUCAUGCAGCCGUGCAGUCAGUGGCAGCGCUACCUGGGACUACGCGUGUCUCGUAGUCUGCACUGGGCUUUAUUCGUUUGCUUCCUGCGAGCUGGAACUGUCUGAAAACCAUCAGUGUCACGUGCUAUUAUUACACCAAGUGUGCAGCCGUCCCCCAAACAUGGAGUUUCACCCGCAGUAGAAACGUCUCCUCUGGACCUCCUUUUUCCUUCCAGGUUUUUAUUGUUCGGCAUCAGAGACGGUUCUGCAGGAACAGGACGUGAACGCGUUCUCAGGAGCCUCAGACAGGACAGACCAUCCACACUGAAUCUGAUCCUCAACUUUAAAACAGACCAGAGAACAAGAAGCCGCUUCGUCUUGCAGCCAUAUCAGUCUGAGCGGAGCGGAGAGGAGAGCGCCCCCUUCAGGACCGCACAGCCAGUCAGGGAUGUUCACUCGGCCCCGUCACAGUUAGAGAUAUGCAGACCUGCUGUAGCUCAGGUCCACAUAGGAGAUCCUAGUGAUGAUCAUAUUCCCAGUGUGUGUUUGAUUUGUUGUAGGGGGGAGAUAGGGGGGGCGGGUGGGAGGAAUAUUUAGUUCUGAUGUGUUUUUCUUUUUGUGUUAUUGAUCAGCAGCUGUUGAUGUUUUUAGUUUGAUGUAAAACCGAGCGGCUCGUCCUCAAACUGCCCAUCCCUGCGUGAUGAUUACACCGCCGCCGUGUCGCGCUUCAGGCUCCGCCUCCAACAAAACGACCUCACCUUUGACCUAAACCCACUGGAGAUGUUUCACGUAUGGUGCGUUCAGGUGUUCUCCGUCACAGUCAGAAAACAAACGAGUAUUAAGAAAUCUUCCCCAAACAGCUGCUUUUGAAUUGAUCCAACUUUAUUUAUACUGAACCAGCUGUACAGUCAGAUGCUUGCUGAAGCACCAACACCUGAAAACAAACACCUCAGAUGGUCCCACCUAUUUCUGACUUUACGUGCUCGUCUUAAUGCAUUAUUUGUGUGUGCAGUGCAUCCUGGGAUUUUGAGUACGGAAGUCUUCAGACUAACAGGCUGCUUUUCAUGAUGCUAACUUCUGCUUUCUCUCUCCUUCUGGAAAUCGUUCCCCCUCCGCCAUCAUGGAGGAUUUUCCAGUUACUUUAACGCACCUCGAGGGGACGAGGAGGCUUCAGGAGGAGCUCAGAGAUGAAACUCAUUUCUCAUUUGGCAGCUUCGGCUCGUCCGUCCUUGCAUCACUUCUUUACAUCUCAGCUCCUCUUAUCAUCAUGAAAAGCAGCUCCACAGCAGCGUUUUUCUUUGUAGGAGGCGGAGCCUGAACUGGACACACCUGUCACAUCUGAUUCAGGUGUCGCUGCUCUCUGCAGCUUUUAACUCUACUUCCUCUGGCUGUGUUAACAAGGACCAAACCCGACCCGGCAGGAAGUAAACGAAUCAUUCAGAUAUUUAAAUUCUUUAUGAGCACAGACACAGAAUGAUCAUGAGUCCAUCAGCAAUCUGAAGAUAUAUUCAUCUGUUCGUUUGUGUCCUGACGCGCUCCGUUUGGUCAUAAUGAAGCAGCUGCUCUGACUUUUAACUAACUGCUGUAAACUUUGAGCUUUUCUCGUUUUGCACUCCUAAAAACAACACGACUGUUUAAAAGCACCUACUUUCAUUGUGCGAUAGCUCACCGACUUCAGAGACUUUUUUUUGAGGUCAGCAAUUCUAAUCCAGUACUAUUUUUAGAAGAUUCACCAAAUAUCUUGUCGCGACUCGCUAGCUGUCCCUCCUCUGUGCACUGAAAAUAAAAUCCAUGUGUAGGCAAGAUGCGAGAAAUGUCCUUGAAGCAGGCGAGUUAUUUAUACACAAUUCCAUCAUAUCACGUUACCAACAGCUGCCAAAAUUCACUCUGAGGCUUGUCGUCAUUUUAACACGUUUUUCUAAAUUCAGGUAAACUUUUAACAAACUUGAUUUAAAUGUACGAACGUGUAAAUCAGGCAACACAACAAGGACUCCCAGCCCAGAGGUUGGAGAAUUCUAUCCACCGUAUGUUUUCAGGAACUCAGAGGUUUGAUGUCUAGCUGCAUGUAAAGCUGAAAUGAUUAAAGAAUUAGUCAGUGAGCAGAAAAACAUUUGUUCAGCUGCAACAUAAAGGCUGAUUUGACUGAAGAAAACAUCAGCGUUUAAUAAACUGAAGUCCACCAACGUGAACUCUGGAAUACUGAAAAAUCAUUUCCAAAGGCCAGUGAAAAAGAGACGAAAUGAUCGACCAGUUCACUGAAAACUUACUUGGCAGAUUAAAUUAAAAUGAUCUCCAUGUUUUUAUAUGGGUGGGAAGCCAGUGAGGGAUCGUAUCCAGGUGAACAGUUAAGUCACAAGUGUUGACACGAACCACAGAAACAAUGAGUU